CCAGUAGUAUCCAUGUCUUAGAUAUAAUCACAUUCACAAUCUAUGAAAUUGAAACUAAGAUCUAAAAGGUUGGACGUAUGUUUAGAAAGUUUAAACUAUGUUUGAAAAGUUAAAAAGCAUAAUUUGAAAGUUUAACAUUAAGGUUUUAUUGCUGCUGCACACAACGUUUGCAAAAGUUUUACUUCAGAGUUUCUGAACAUGCCUUCACUUCAUGCUGGAUGUUACGACACUGUUUUACUUCAUGAAUCACUGACUGUAUAUUUUAUAUACAUAUAAAUGAUUGAAAUAUCCAAGUAUGUGUAUAGUAAAAUCCCAUAUAUCUUUUAUUAAAAAUGUGGUGUUAAUCAUUUCGUUUUGAUGACUAACGGACAAACAUGGUUAAAAAAUGUCUUCUCUGUUUUUAUUUCAGAGUUGUAAGAGUAGUUAGAUUAAAAAAUGGUUGUAGAGGGUGAGAUGGAUUCCAAUGUUACGGAGCCGGAGAGCUUUUGGGAUAUCCUCCAGGAGAUGGACUCAGUAUGGACCACCACUGUUCUCCUGGUGCCAUUGGUAGUCGUGCUGACAGCUGGAUUUUUCUACCUUUAUGGUGUGGUUAUCAGCCUGCUGUCCAAAACAUCUGUACGCAAUAAGGUGGUGGUUAUAACCGACGCUUUGUCUGGUCUUGGAAAAGAAUGUGCAGGUGUGUUUCACAAAGGAGGCGCGAGGCUGAUCCUCUGCGGGAAAAGCUGGGAGAAACUUGAGGAACUUGCGGAUGAUUUGGCAAACGCCUCGGACCCGACUGUUACGUUUCCCUCCAAGCUGGUGCUGCUGGAUUUUGGAGAUAUGGACAGCAUGCCUGAGGCGAUCGAAGAGAUCCUGGAGUGUUACGGCUGCCUGGAUAUUCUCAUCCUCAACAGCAGCAUGAAGGUUAAAGCACCCGCACAGAGCCUGUCUCUGGAGAUGGACAAGCUACUAAUGGACAACAACUACUUUGGACCGGCCACGCUGGCCAAAGGCUUGCUGCCCUCCAUGAUCUCCAGGAGAACCGGCCACCUGCUCCUCGUCAGCAGCAUCCAAGGGAAGAUAGCUGUGCCUUUUCGCAGUGCAUAUGCAGCCUCUAAACACGCAGUUCAGGCUUUUUUUGACUGCCUGAGAGCUGAAGUGGAGGAGUACGGCAUCUCCGUCAGCACCAUCAACCACACCUUCAUCAGUCACUCGGCGUCUGACAACACAGAGGCAGCGUCCUCCAGGUCCAUCUGGUCACUGCUGUACACUAGGAAACCCUUUGGCGUUUCUCCAGAUGAGGCAGCUGCUGAGAUCGUGAAGACUUUAAACAGCAAGAGGAAAGAGGUGGUGAUUGCUCCCUCGCUCCCCAAGGUGGCCAUCUACACCAGAUCCUUCUUCCCUAAUGUGUUCUUUUCUGUGAUGGCUGCAGGAGUGAACAACACUGCAGCAGCCUCUGACAAAGUGUAGCGCUGCAGCCGUCGACGUAAUAACUGGAGGAUAUUUAUGACGUGGUGAAGGUGAAACAGAUCAGUGUAAAUGUUGCAGGCAAUCUAAAACUAAUACUGAUAAUCUGUUGUUUGGGUGGAUCAAUGUGAACCCACAGAUUGCAUUUAAACCAUUUGAGUGUUGAUCUUAAAUGUAUUGACAGGAAUAUGGUGUUAAAAUGUGUACAGAGCAUUUCGCCUAAGAAGAACAUGCUGUUGUGUUAACAUCCAAAGGACAACUCAUAUGUAUAUUUAUGUUUAUUUUUCAUUGUUUAUCCAUCAGAAAGAAUCAUUUUUGUUUAUUUUACAGGUUAACAUACAUAAAAUUAUCCCCAGAUUGCACAAUUUACUUAAAAACAGUCAAUAAUGUCAAGAAAGGUUUGUUUACGUUCUUGUAUUUGUGGAGUUGAUAACAUGUAGACUACAAAUAAAAGUAUCUAUGUCUAAGCUCUAGUCAUGUAAAGUAUUAAAAAAAUAUAUGUUUUA